AUGUUUAGAUUGAAGCCAAUCCAACACAUACAAAAGCGGAGCUUUUUCGGGUUUUUCAGUGGAUGGACGUCAGGAAAGACCAUCUAUCCACCACAUCCUUCACAAUUCACUACCCAGAACCGGAUUUACCCCAAUUACGUUACCAGUCACAAUGAAUUGAAUGACUUGAUCCUUGUUAAACACCCACUUAUUUUGAACUUUACCGUGCAAGCAGAUCCCAACUACAACAAGUUGACAUCCACCUUGUUUGAUAUCUUAUCCGAUAAGUCCAAAUAUCCGCUUGGGGAUUUCGAAGUUCAUUUGGCAAAUAUCACCUGUGAUAGCUUAGAAGCCAAAGAUAUAAUGAUGACCUACGGAGUCAACAAGCUUCCUAGUCUUGUAAGGCUUGAAAAGCAGUUGGUGGUGGAUGUAAUUUCACCUAAUCUUGACACUGUAAGUGAUCAAACAGUUAUUGAAUGGCUCAAGACCUUUAAGGGCUAA